AUGAGGCCUUUCCAUGGCACUCUCACUCUCAUCUUCUUCCUCCUCCUCGUAUCCCUCACGGUCCACGCGGGCAGGCCCAAGAACGGGGCCCGCCAAUUCAUGGGCCUCCAAAACGCAGCCCGCGCAGCGCUGGGCCUGCGUCCCCUCGUGUGGGACCGCAAGCUGACGCGGUACGCGAAGUCUUACGCGAACCGGAGGCGCAGGGACUGCGCAUUGGAGCACUCGGGCGGGCCCUACGGAGAAAACAUAUUCUGGGGCAGCGGGCGCGGGUGGGGCCCGGCCCAGGCGGCGGCGGCUUGGGUGGCGGAGCGGCAAGAGUACAACUAUUGGGCAAACUCGUGCGCGGAUGGCCGGGAAUGCGGGCACUACACUCAAAUAGUGUGGAGGGAGACGAAGAGGAUUGGAGCUGGAACAGGUCCUGCCUCCGACUGUCGCUCACAAUGCCGCCACAUCAUCGUUGUCUUUCUUAGCUGCCGCUUGCCGUCAUCCGAGACGUGCCGCAGCCCCGCCGCCUGCCACACCUCCUUCGUGAUGGACGCGGCUUCAUCGCGAUGUCAUGUCGCUGUCGAGGUCCUCCCGCUCAGACACCGCGGCUCGACCAGCUUCAAUUCCUCAAACUCUAUCGUGGCCGCCUCGACCUCCACCGACGCCGCCUCGACCUUUGCCACCUGA